GCGUGGUCACACGUGGCACAAAGUACAAAUGACCAUGUUUUCUAGGCUCUUGAGCUCAUUUCGAUAUUCUUCUUGCUCUCUUAGAAGAGGACUAACAGUGAGAAGGUCUGUGGGUUUCAAUGGCUCUUUACCGAGGAGAUUUUAUUACGUGAAGCCCAAGAAGAAGGCGAGUGGCUCGGGGCAGGCUAUCCUUGUAUUGGCUGGUGUCACACUUGCCAUUACUGGAGGAGCUAUCUAUGUAUUAGGCCGUCCUGAAGAUGAGAUCAUUGGAUUACAAGAACAAGACAAAUAUGCAGGAGAGAACCCAUUCAAAGCCUAUUUAUUAAGAGCGAAGGACACCAUUUUAAGCUACAAACUUAAAUUCACUGAGCCGUCUAGCCAGUUGCUCCUCCCUGAACCACUCCCACAUCCCUACCAAAGACCAUACACACUCCUCAUUGAAGUGAAGGACAUCUUUAUUCACAGUGACUAUGAGAGGAACAUGGGGUGGAGACAUCAGAAAAGACCAGGACUGGAUGCUUUCCUCAAUGCUUUAUUUGAUUACUAUGAAAUAGUAGUGUUUACAUCUGAAAAUGCAUUAUCUACUCACCCUAUCAUUGAUAAGAUGGAUCCUAAUCAGUAUAUCAUGUAUCGUCUAUACAGAGACUCAACUAAAUACAUUAGUGGGGAACACGUAAAGGAUCUUACUCAUAUCAAUCGCUCAUUGAAUCGUGUCAUUAUGGUUGAUACUAAUCCAUUGUCAGUCAAGCUUCAGCCAGAGAACAGUAUCAUACUUGACAAGUGGACUGGUGAUAUUUAUGAUACUUCACUUAAAGACUUGGGAGCUUUCUUGCUGACCAUUGCUAUGAGUAACACUGAUGAUGUGAGACCAGUUCUUGACUACUACAAAGAGCAGGGAGGAAAUUUACUCGAGACAUUUAAAGCUAAUCAAGCUCGGCUAAGAGAAGAAGAGGAAAAGAGAAUGUCCACUUAUUCUUCAAAGGGCAAAAGAUUUGGAUCAACUUUCAACGUCUUCUCUUUUAAGAAGUCUUCCUCGUCUUCCCCUGCACCUCUUGAAGUGGCCACAGCCGCCACACCCGCUGAUACACCUUUUGUAUCACCUGCUCCUCUUGAUGGAGGUGAAACUAAUAAACCUCAAACUACUGGUGGUGGGUGGCUUGGCUGGUUGGGAUUGAAAUAAGUCCUUGUACUAUAGCUGUACUGUGCAAAAUUUAUUACUAAUCAAUGAUCAUUAAAAAUAAAA